GGAUCGAGAGAAAGAGAGAGAGAGAGAGAGAGAGAGAGAGAGAGGAGAUCGAUGUGUGUAAUAUAACUCGGCAAUAAGAAGAAGCGCAAGGCCACGUUCGUUACCUACAUGUACAUGUCACACCCUGCCACGUGGCAUGUGGUGACGUGGAGCCGAACCCCGCAGUAUCAUCCGCUGUGGCUCCGAACCACACCUUUUUUCCUUUAUUAAAACACUUGCUCUGCUUAUUAGCUCCACCUCUCCCCCAAGAGACAAGAGCCAAACCCCUCCUCCUCCUCCUCCUCCUCCUCCUAGAGCUAGAGAGAUAGAGAGAGAGAGAGGGAGAGAGAGAGGAGAGCGAUGAGCUCCUCGUCGUCCGAUCUCUCGCUCCUCGGCGGCGAUCACCCCUCGUUCGGCCGAGCCCAGAUGCUCUCCUCCUCCGCCCCCUCCUCCGGUGCCCUCACCGCCUCCAAUGGCUCCCCCGCCGCCGACCCCUCCUCCGCCUCCGCCCCCGCCUCCUCGCCCACUUCCCCCUGGUGGACUCGGAUCGUGAGGCGGUGGAUCCCCAGUCUCCGCCGCCCCAGCGGCGGCGGCGGCGGAGACGAGGGGGCCGCGGCGGCGGCGGCGGUGGAGUGCUACGCGUGCACGCAGCCGGGGGCGCCGGCGUUCCACUCGACGACGUGCGACCGCGUGCACGCGCCCGCGUGGGAGGCGAGCGCCGGAUCGUCGCUGAUCCCGAUCCAGAGCCACGCCACCGGCGGCGACGGGGCGGCGGCGGCGGCGGCGGCGGCGGGGGGGGAUCGACGAUCGGGGAGGGAGCGGUGGGUGUUCGGGUCGGUGCUCGACCCGCGGAGCCCCGGGGUGCAGCGGUGGAACCGCGGCCUCCUCCUCGCGCGCGCCGCGGCGCUCGCGGCGGACCCGCUCUUCUUCUACGCCGUGGGGGCGCGAUCGUGCGGGGGAGGGUCAGGGUCAGGGUUAGGGUUAGGGUUGGGGUUGGGGCUGGGGGUGGACGAGGGGAUGGGGGCGGCGGCGGCGGCGGUGCGGACGCUGGCGGACGCGGCGCACGUGGUGCACGUGUGGGUGCAGCUGCGGCUCGCGUACGUGUCGCGGGAGUCGCUGGUCGUCGGGUGCGGCAAGCUGGUGUGGGACCCCCGCGCCAUCGCCGCGCACUACCUCCGCUCCCCCACCGGCUUCUGGUUCGACCUCUUCGUCGUCCUCCCCUUCCCCCAGAUUGUUUUUUGGCUGGUGGUGCCGAAGCUGUUGAGAGAAGAGGAGAUCAAGCAAAUCGCGACGAUCCUCUUGUCGGUUUUCCUGUUCCAGUACCUGCCAAAGGUGUACCACAGCAUCUGCAUGAUGCGGAGCAUGCAGAAGGUUACUGGCUACAUCUUCGGGACCAUCUGGUGGGGUUUCGGCCUCAACCUCAUCGCCUACUUCAUUGCCUCCCAUGUAGCGGGCGGUUGUUGGUAUAUUCUUGCGAUCCAGCGCGUCGCCUCGUGCAUACGAAGCCAAUGCGAGACGAACAACAACUGUGAACUCAUGUCAUCGGUCUGCUCCAAAGAAGUGCAGCAGAAUAAUGCGACGAUGGCGGCAAAUCAGAACCUCCAAACUUGUUUAAACGGGAACGGGCCGUUUCCGUUCGGAAUAUACGACGCUGCUCUCCCUGUUAUUUCCAGCAACUCACUUGCUGUUAAGAUUCUUUAUCCUAUAUUCUGGGGCCUCAUGACACUCAGCACUUUUGGGAAUAAUCUUGAACCUACAAGUCAAUGGCUAGAAGUGAUAUUCAGUAUUGCGAUCGUGCUUAGUGGAUUAAUGCUCUUCACUUUGUUGAUCGGAAACAUUCAGGUAUUCUUGCAUGCGGUCAUGGCGAGAAAGAGAAAGAUGCAGCUAAGAUGUCGAGACUUAGAAUGGUGGAUGAAGCGGAGGCAACUGCCCUCGCGCUUAAGGCAAAGAGUUCGACAGUACGAACGGCAGAGAUGGGCCUCGAUGAGGGGCGAGGAUGAAAUGGAGAUCAUCAAGGAGUUGCCUGAAGGGUUAAGGAGAGACAUCAGGCGCCAUCUCUGCCUCGAUCUUGUAAAACAGGUUCCCUUGUUCCAACAUUUGGAUGACCUUAUCCUCGACAACAUUUGCGACAGAGUUAAACACCUCGUCUACUCCAAGGACGAAAAGGUGAUCAGAGAAGGAGACCCGGUGCAAAGAAUGAUAUUCGUAGUUCGCGGGCACUUGAAAAGCAGUCAAUGCCUUAGCAAAGGUUUGGUAGCCACCUGCACGCUAGGCCCGGGUAACUUUCUAGGAGAUGAGCUCCUCUCAUGGUGCCUACGCCGCCCGUUCGUCGACCGCCUCCCUGCUUCGUCCGCCACCUUUGUGUGUGUGGAGCCCACAGAGGCCUUUGGAUUGGACGCGCACCACCUACGAUACAUAACCGAGCACUUCAGGUACAAAUUUGCGAAUGAGAAGCUGAAGAGGACAGCGAGGUACUACUCAUCGAAUUGGAGAACGUGGGCGGCGGUUAACAUACAGCUCGCGUGGCGGCGUUACAAGGCAAAGACUAGAGGAAUGGAAAUACGACCCUUGGAACCUAAGGGAAGUGAGCAGCGGCUUCGGCUGUGCGCUGCAAUAUUCAUGUCGAUUCGACCCCAUGAUCACCUCGAGUAGCAGAGAUUCGAAAUGAAGUUGGAGAUGCACCUAUUUCUGGCACGAAGGAAACUCGGUCUCACUGCUGGUUAUUCAUUGUCAUAAGAUGAGGAAUAAAAUCAAUAAUAAAUCAUUCAUUUUACGGAAAUCCGUUGUGCAUAGGUCAUUGUGGAAGAGGUUACUCUAUCUACCUGAAGAGAUGUUUGAUUAAUUUGUUCUCAGUUUCAGCAGAGAGCGUCCACCGAACUCUUUUCUUGGUCACAGAUUAAGUCGAUUUGGAGCAUCUUUUUUGGCUAAGCAAGGAAAGUAUUGUAACUAUGGCGAAACAUUUCUUAGCUACUAUUGAGAAUUCUGAAGGUUCACAAUAAACUGCCCAUGAUGAAGAUUACAAGACAUCGAUUUGGAAGGCGAGAUAUAACGGUGGAGAAAUGUUUUUGGGUUCGUUUGUGUGAACGUUGGUGUCUUAAUAAAGGCACCAGCUUGGUUAUGUUGCAUAUAUAUAGCCACUAUUAUUUCCUUUAUAUGUAUAAAUAUGAUCGCAACAUUGAUAAAGACAUAAUCUCUUAAGGAAUUGAUGCUAUUUUCAUUGUUGAAUGCUAUUUUAGCUCAA